AUGGGACUACUCAUUAUAUGCUCUUUCACCGUAGAGGAUUUACAGAAUUAGAGUUUCCAUUUUAAGUUUACAAUUCCAUUUGCAAUGUUGAUGUUGGAGCUAUUUUACUCACAGAAAAAAAUAUAGUCAAAGACCCUAAUGUCUACUCUUUCUCUGAACCUGUAUAUUGAUUGGAAAGUGCAACUCAUCAAUUAAUCUUUCUUCUGGUUUUAUUAUUUGGCUAGAUCUUAUUGGCUAUUGGUCAAGCGAUUUUGCUUUUGGCAUCCUAAUAUCUUUUGCAUUCAAUUUUUUAAGUUCGAAAACUUAGGAAAAGCAGUAGUUUCAAGUAAUAAGCUUGUUUAAGAAAAAUGGGAAAAGACAUUAUAGGUUAUACCUGAAGGGGUAUUAAUAAUGGACAAGCCUACAAAUAAAAUUAAUUAUUACAAUUCGGAGCUAAAAGCAAUAAUAGGAUCUGAUUAUUUGGAACAGUCAGAAGAUUAAGAAUAGUUAAUAUCGAGUCUGUUGAAGCAAUAUAAGAUUUAGGAUACUUCAGAAUCACUAUAUGAGGGCUAAACAAUAGACGGUCUUAAUGAUGAUGGCUAGGUUUUGAGAUAGGGAAAAAAUCUAACUUUUUUUAAUCAACAAAAGAUGUCUCUAUGGGAUUAUCUAACUUAAUUUAUUGUAAGUACAGCUCAUGAACUUAGAACACCCCUAAAUUCAAUCAUACCGAUGAGUGAAAAUUUAAGGCCUUAUAUUUAGGGGGAGGCCGGAUAGAACAUUCUAAAAGUAAUCAUUAACUCGACUAUUCACCUCUCACUAAUAAUUGAAGAUGCACUUGAUAUGAGUAGGAUUGAAAAUAACAAAUUUGAGAUCAAUUAUUCACUUUUCAAUUUGAAGAACACUAUAGAUGAAGUAAUUGACAUCAUGAAAUUUCAGGCAGAUUUAAAGGGAUUGAAAAUAAUAAGUAAUAUUGAUGCCUCUUUACCUUAGACUGUAUAUACUGAUGAAAAAAGAUAUAAGUAGGUACUCUUUAAUCUGAUUGGUAACGCUAUGAAAUUUACACUAAAAGGCUCAAUUACAGUGAAAGUUACUUUAAUUUAAGCUGAUUUUAUCUAAACUAAAGUCAUAGAUACCGGAAUUGGUAUAUCAACCCCUGAUUUAAAAAAACUCUUUUGCUAAUUCGGAAAAUUAACUUCGCCUAAUAAGCUAAAUCAAUGUGGUAUGGGACUAGGAUUAUCUAUUUCAAAGUAGAUAAUUGAGCAAUUAGGAGGAUAAAUUUCUGUAAAGUCUUAAGUUUGCAAGGGCUCAUCCUUUAAGUUCACAAUAAAAUUAGAGUCUUAAUAAAGUGAACUCACUAGAAUGAAUGCAGAAAGAUAUGAGCUAAAUGACUCAAAUGGAGGAGUACAAUUCCAUUUAAGCAACAGAUCAAGUUAAAUAUGCCAACUAGAGUAGGAAGUUUAAGAUGAGAUAGAAUUAUGGGAUAUACCAGAGACUAUUGAUGAUGAUGAUAACAAAACUUAAAAUUUACUCUAAGCUGAACCAGCUGAGAAUCGACCUAAUAAGGAGAACCGAAUCAUCAAAAUAAUUUACCAGCAUUAUAAUCAAACUUUAGCUUAAUUCAAUAUGAACAACUACAAUUCCAGUCAAGGAAAAUUGCUUAUUAGUGUAAACGAUAAAUACUAAUCUCCCUUAUUGCUACCUAUUUAAGUGAAUAGAUUUCAAAGAGCAGUCCCAAGCCCCUAAUUUAUUCAGAGGAAAAAUUUAUUAAGAUUUGAAAAGAUAGAUCGAAGGCCAUCAGCUGGAAAGAAUAUGAAAAAUGGAAAUAGCCUGAACUAGAAGAUGAGAAUUCUGAUAGUUGAUGAUUAGGUAUACAAUAUUUUAGUGUUGGAAUUGCUUUUGAAAAACUUAUUAUCAGAUUAAGCAUUUGAGAUUGAUAAAGUUCUAAACGGGCAAGAGGCUAUAGAAAAGAUUUUAGAAAAAAAUAAUAGCAAUAAUAAAUCUAAAGCUAAUCAUUAUAAUGCCAUCUUUCUUGAUAUCUAGAUGCCGAUCAUGGAUGGAAUUUCUACGAUUAAAGAGAUUAGAAAACUAUAGGUCUUAGGAAAUAUUAGCAUGGACAAUACUCUAGUCUAUGCUUUGACGGCCUCUACUAAGCAAGAAUUUACCAUGAUGUAUGGUGAGUAGUAAUUUGAUGGUUAUGUGGAAAAGCCAAUUAAGUUGGAAUAUCUUAAGAAAAUAUUAAAAAAAUGA